UACAUACAUACAUAAAAUCACGCCUCUUCCCUGGAGGGGUACGCAGAGACUACAUUUUUCCACUUGCCUUACAUAGCCAGAUGUCUACUACUUCCCAAAUAGUCAGCAGGCUUCCUCAGGUGGUCUCUAAAUAUCCAGCACAGUAUGUUCAUCGCGACACGCAGUCUUCUCUGGUAGCCACUUGCUGUGUUGCCCAUUGUUUGUACCAACAAAGAAUAAAGAACUAGAAGAUUAUCCUUUCAGAAUGUACCACAUGAAGAAUAUAAUAAGUCAUGAUGACAACAAAUUAUUGUUAUCCUUGCCCAACUGCAUGUACCGAACAAAAAAUGUGAUGGAGUUUGAGAAGGAACAGGACAUUGAUAUCAAUAUUAUUCAGCAGGUUACCAAAUUUCUUAAGGUUCCCCAUAAGACAAUGACUGAAUUGGAAGAACGUCAGGAUAUGUUACUGAAGAAAUUGGAUUUUUUGUAUGACCGAAUCAAAACAAUAAGUUCAUACUGCAAAAUUAAUGAAGUAACAAUAAAAUCCAAUACAGUAAGCUCAGCUAUGACUGUUCCUGAGGAAACUGUGCUUGUUGUUAGUCCAGAUAACUUGCCAUGGUUUUUAUACAGGAUACUUGCAAAAACACCAUUUUCCUUAAAUAUAACAUGGCAUAUUCAUUCCUCUGUGCCAAAGGAAAAAGUUUCAAAAAUAACAGAAUUUUUAAAAAAUUUAAAUUCUAAUAAAAAUGGAACUGGAAUUAAUGUGAGACUGAUAUUUAAAUGUGUUUCAGCUGAUUCAGAACUAAGACUGUCUUCAUUAGCAGUUCCAAUAGUGGGAAAUGUCAAUAUUCUUCGCUACUUGUCAUAUGUUUACCCAGAUAUAUUGCCAUACAAUCAGGGAGACUUUAAUAUGGAUGGGUUCCUGGAUAUCUGUCACAAACUUGAAAGAUCACCAGAAAAACAUAAGGCAGAUUUAAUUAACAAAUUGUUUUCACAGUAUACAACUUGGAUAUGUAAUAAUCAAUUUUCAAUAGUUGAUGUUGCUGCUUAUAAUGCUAUGAAACAAUCAAACAAUGUUUUGAAAUCUGUACCUAAAAUGUGGUUGGAAAACUGUUUAAAAAUUAUGUAAUUAAUAACAUUAAACAUUUCUUUACUGGAUUCAA